GUACUGACGCUUAUUGCUCUAGAUACUCGAACGCGGCCGGCCUAUUGUUGCCGAGGUCCGUCUUUGUUGAUCUCUCUCCGAUGACGGCAAGUCCGCGAAAUUUCGUGCGCGAGUGUAGUGCAAAUAGUACUUACACAUUUAUACCAAGAGCAAAGUGCAUUGGAGAAUGAGACAACAUCAUUUGCUGUAUUCGAGCUUGUUCUCAUUGCGUAUAUCUGCUAUCAUGGCUUUAUCUCCAGGAGCCAGCAACUGCACAACACAAUCCAUUCCAACUCCCGAGAUUUUUGGUGCCAGCAUCAUCGGACUUGAAGCUCACUUAGCAUUGGACUAUGUCCCUGACGGUGUUACUUCGUAUUGGCCAAAUCACGGCCCACUUCCCACCGAUAUUAAGGUCGACUUUUGUAACGUUACAGUUACUCAUACGCACCCCGGAAAAAAUGACACGCUACGUACUCAAAUAUGGCUUCCUCUGGAUCCUGACUGGAAUGGUCGUUUCACAAUGGCUGGUGGUGGGGGUUGGUCUGCGGGAUUCAGUUCAUCGUUCGCCAACAUGUACGGUCAAGUGACUGGAGGCUACGCAAGUGCGACCGUCGAUGGCGGAGUAGAACAUGAGAAUGGAUCUUCUGUAGCAGAAUGGGCUCUCACUAGCCCUGGCAACGUCGACUAUAACGCACUCCAGGAUUUCGCAUUUAACGGACUUAUCGACGGUGCAUUGAUUGCAAAAAGCAUUAUCAAGACUUUCUACCACUCUCCCCCUACGUAUUCGUACUGGGAUGGCUGCUCUCAAGGCGGUAGACAGGGUUAUCUUUUCGCACAAAGAUUUCCAGACGUUUUUGAUGGAAUCGCAGCAGCCGCGCCCGCCAUCAAUUGGAGUCCAUUCUUCUUUGCCGGAACGUACCCUCAUCAAGUGUUCUACGAACUCAACGCGACUGGUUUUCCGCACCCCUGCGAGUUUGAAGCUCUUGAGAAAGCUGCUAUAGCGGCUUGCGAUGGUCUUGACGGGUUGAUUGACGGGUUGAUCUCGGAUCCAGACAAGUGCUACAUCGAUCCACGAACGCUGGUUGGAUCCGCAGUUAACUGCAGUGCAACUGGUGGGCCUUCGACUAUAUCGGCUAAUGCUGCCAUAAUUAUGGAAGCGGUUUGGGAGGGGCCUCGUACGCAAAAUGGGUCCUUUCUUUGGUACCCAGCAGGCUAUGAGGUAAACGGCGGUUCACUAGAAGCUCCUGGUCCCGAAAUCAUCGGCAGCACCUGCAACAACGGCACCUGUACGCCCCUGAGAGCUACACUGUUUACGGAUUGGAUCAAGUAUUUUAUCGAAAAAAACCCGGACUACAAUUUGAACAAUAUGACCCGCGCUGAGUGGGUGGAAGAUUUCGUAGCAGGAGAGCGGGAGUACAAAUCUAUCAUUAAUACUGAUUUUCCGGAUCUUAGCGGGCUUCGAAGAUCAGGAGGGAAGCUUCUUACAUGGCAUGGACUGGCAGAUGGGGCAAUACCAUACGGAGGAACGCGCGAUUACUUCGACCGGGUAUCUGUUCUCGAUCCUGAGUUAAGAGAUUACUACCGCUAUUUUGAAGCACCAGGCGCGCGUCACUGCAUAGAUGGACAAGGCGGUUCUCCACAUGAGACAUUCCAAGCUUUAGUUGAUUGGGUUGAGAAAGGCAUUGCACCUGAGACACUUACUACCCGGAACGCGGAAGACAAAGAGCGUCUGCUUUGUUUGUAUCCAAAGAAAGCUGUGUUCAAAGGCAAUCCUUCGGAGUAUACCGCUCAAGACUUCGUGUGCGAAUAGCCUAUCAGCAACCGGAUCCACAAUCCCUCACGAAAUAAUGUGCGGUAGCCCUUGCGAAAAGCACUUUGAGCUUAAUCUCAAUAGUGCGGUAGCUUUCUAGAUAGAAUCCGAGAGUCCAGGGUUUCUUCCAUUUGUAUCCUAUCAGAAACGGUGAUCAUGUUAACGCGAUGCACGUUGACAGCUUGGCUGCGACUUAGCUGUAAAGGUUUGUUGACUCAUCUUGGUACAUGAUAACUAGAUAGGGAAGAACAAGGUUAUAUUCUGUUGAUAACCCUUUCUCACAAGUAGAGAAUGGUAAAAAGGG